GUAAUAAAAACUAUUCUAUCGACUAUUGUUGUACCGAAUCUCUCUAGAAUAGUUCAAAGAUUUAUACAAACUCUCAUUCCCUAUUUUAUCCCCUUAUGGGUGGAAUUUAUCAAAAUCCUUUCUAAAGAGAUACCUAUGUCAUAGUAACUUUAUGCAUGCAAAGUCUCAGCCUGAUCAAUUUAAAACUGGCAAAGUAUCAUACAAACUUUCAUCCCCUAUUUUACCCUCUUGGGGGUGGAAAUUAUCAAAAUCCUUUCAAAGCGGAUGCUUACGUCAUAACAUCUAUCUGCAUGCCAAAUUUCAACCCGAUCGGUUUAAAACCGACAAAGUCUCAUACAAACUUUCAUCCCCUAUUUUACCCCCUUGGGGGUGGAAAUUAUCAAAAUUCUUUCAAAGCGGAUGCUUACGUCAUAACAUCUAUCUGCAUGCCAAAUUUCAACCGGAUCGGUUUAAAACUGAAAAAGUAUCAUACAAACUUUCAUCACCUAUUUUAACCCCAUUGGGGGUGGAAAUUAUCAAAAUCCUUUCACAUCGGAUGCUUACGUCAUAACAUCUAUCUGCAUGCCAAAUUACUACCCGAUCGGUUUAAAACUGACAAAGCCUCAUACAAACUUUCAUCCCCUAUUUUACCCCCUUGGGGGUGGAAAUUAUCAAAAUCCUUUCACAGCGGA